GUAUCGGAUGAUGGAGAAUGGCUUGAUGUCGAGCCUGAAGACGAGUCCACCACCAUCGUCUCUCUCCUCGACUCUCAGACAUUCUCCAGCUGGGCUGAGAUGCUCAACCACUGCAAGCAGCGUUAUGACUUCGACCUGAUUGCCACCAUCAAAAAACUCCAGCUGGACUUCCACGGAGCCGUCAAGCUCGUCAAUUUCAUUCGCAACCAGGUCCAGAAGCAACAGGCCCUCCCAGGCACCCUGACGCUCGCCGACUUUGAAGAUGACGGCUACUUCAAGCCCGUCCUGCAGAACGAUGCUCUCAUCAUGUCCCUGGACGAGAUCCUCGACAGCGACUUGGUCAAGGUCGACAUUGCUCCCGGCCAGGCGGGCGCUUCUACUUCUCACGACGAGCUGCUGGAGCAAAAGCAGGCGCUGGAGGCUGAGCUGGAGGCGGUCCGGACGCAAUUCUCAAACUAUCGACUUGCCGUUGAAGAGACCCUGGAUCGCCGCUGGGGAGACGAUGUGGAACAGAAUCCGUCCAAGGCCAAGACUGGUGCUGGCGAGGACCGUGGAAACUAUUAUUUCGAGUCUUAUGGCUACAACGAGAUCCACGAAACCAUGUUGAAGGAUACUGUCAGGACAGACGCCUACCGCGACUUCAUUUACAACAACAAGCAUCUCAUCAAGGGCAAAGUUGUUCUUGACAUUGGCUGUGGCACCGGUAUUCUGAGCAUGUUCUGUGCUAAAGCUGGUGCGGCUCAAGUCAUCGCUGUUGAUAACGCAGACAUCAUCAAGAAGGCAACGGAAAACAUCUUUAACAAUGGCCUCUCUGAUAUCAUCACUUGCAUCAAAGGCGCCAUCGAGGAGGUUAAGCUGCCUGUUGACCAAGUCGACAUUAUCGUCAGCGAGUGGAUGGGCUACUGCCUGCUGUAUGAGGCCAUGCUUCCGAGCGUCCUCUACGCUAGAGAUAAGUAUCUUAAGCCAGAUGGCCUUCUGGUUCCCAGCUCUGCCACUAUCUGGGUGGCUCCCGUGCAAGAUACAGAGUACAUGUCAGAAUUUGUGUCAUUUUGGAGAGACGUCUAUGGAUUCGACAUGAAAGCUAUGCAAGAAGGCAUCUAUGAUGACGUUAGGGUCGAGGCAAUGCCCCAGGCCGCUCUCUGCGGAGAGCCCUACCCCUUUAAGACACUCGACCUCCACACUGUUAAGCCAGAAGAGCUGUCCUUCACAGCCAAGUGGCAGUCACGGCUGCUGCGGCCUCGGGAUGGCUUGGACGGCUUCUUGAUCUGGUUCGACAACUUCUUCGCCACUUCUCGCAGUGAGCCUAUGCCAGAGCCUGAGGUGACCCCCGAGGUGUUUAUAAAGGCGAAAUCAGGCAAUGUAGCAUUUACAACGGGCCCAUCCGGCACCGUGACCCAUUGGAAGCAAGGCCUGCUUAUGGUGCCACCGAAGAACCCUCCUUCAACAUUGCCAAGUGCCAUCUCUGGGCAAAUCACCUUUGCAGCUCUCGAGGAGAACGCUAGAGCACUG